AUUUUGGUGUGGUUCUAUAGUGGUAGGUAAUUUAUCAGAACUUGUGGAUCUGUGAUGGAAAAUUUAUUUUGAUAUGCUGAUAUUGGGGUCACGCAGUUGGAAUUGAAUAGGAACAAAAUGGUACCUACGCUUCCGUAUAAUACUGGCGUUACUCUACGGAAGUGUUCAUCUGUUACAUAAACUGUUAUAGAAAUUAGUGAAAAUUUUGGACUUGUUAAAAAUAAUUCUACUUUGUUAAAAAAUAAAUAUAUUUUUUUUAUACUGAUGAAAUGAGUUACGUAAGUAAAGUGAGUUUUUGUGUGGUGAUGCUAGUCAGCUUGGGCCAAAUUAUUAAUUGUGGUAAUGAGUUUGAAAUACUUCCACCACCCUGUUCUAGUGAUAUUUACUGCCAUGGGAGACUGCUCGACACAAUUCAAAUGGCGAAAAUUUACGCUGAUUCGAAGACUUUCGUCGACAUGAAAAUGAAGUAUUCACCAAACGAUACGAUGGCAAAAUUUGAUCUUUUUAUGAACGAUUUUAAAGAAAGAAAACCCACCAGGGAAGAAGUUCAAGUUUUUGUAGAACGGAACUUUGAGGCAGCAGGGCAAGAAUUUGAAGAAUGGGAUCCGGAAGAUUGGAUAGCUCAUCCCAAAUUUCUUGAUACUAUCGAAGAUGGAACUUUCAAAACUUGGGGAAAAAAACUCAAUGAUAUUUGGAAAACUUUGGGACGUAAAAUAAAAGAUGAGGUUAAAAACCAUCAAGAACAUUACAGUAUAAUUUGGGUCCCCAAUCCAGUUAUUGUUCCUGGGGGUAGAUUCCGUGAGUUCUAUUAUUGGGACACUUACUGGAUCGUUCAAGGGCUGUUACUUUCUGAAAUGCAGCAUACUGUAAAAGGCAUUCUAGAAAACUUCUUAUACAUCGUCGAUCAUUAUGGUCAUAUUCCUAAUGGUGGAAGGAUUUAUUAUUUGGCUCGAUCACAACCUCCACUUCUACUUCCCAUGAUCAAAUUGUAUUACGACUUUACCAAAGAUGCAACCUUCAUUAAAACAAAUCUACCAACUAUGGAAAAAGAAUUCAAUUAUUGGAUGACGAAUCACACAAAAGUUCUUAAAAUGGACGGCAAAAAUUAUACUUUAGCAGUUUAUGGAGAUAGAUCUCACGGGCCUAGACCAGAAUCUUAUUCGGAGGAUGUUGAGAGUGCUAAAUAUUUCAAAGAUCAACAUAAGCAAGAAGCUUUUUAUUCUGAAAUGAAAGCUGCUGCUGAAUCUGGAUGGGACUUUUCAAGCAGAUGGUUUAUUACUAAUGCAACUAAUAAAGGAAAUUUGACAAAUAUCAAGACUCGCUCUAUAGUUCCAGUAGAUCUAAAUGCAAUGAUUUAUUGGAACGCAGCUCUAUUAUCCGAAUUCAACGCGAUGUUUGGUAAUGACGAAAAAGCAAAGCAUUACAAUGAAAUUGCUGACCAAUGGAUUGUAGCCACUACAGCUGUAUUGUGGCACGAAGAAAUCGGAACGUGGCUGGACUACGAUUUGUACAAUCAAGUAAAAAGAGACUACUUUUACCCCACAAACAUUUCUCCACUUUGGACUGGCUGCUACAAUAAAACAGAUAAAGACAAAGUUGUUAGAAAUGUGCUCAAGUACCUGCAAAAUAAAAAUAUUCAAUAUCCUGGCGGUGUACCAAGUUCAGUUGAGCAUACAGGAGAACAAUGGGACUACCCUAAUGCUUGGCCACCACUACAGCACAUUAUGAUUGCAGGGUUGAAUAAUACUGGUGACGAAUAUGCUGUCAGAUUAGCAUUUGAGUUAGCUGAAUCAUGGGUACGGUCCAAUUAUCAAGUUUUCAAAGACACUGAUGCUAUGUAUGAAAAGUACGAUUCAACUGUAUUUGGGGGUUAUGGUACUGGGGGUGAAUACGAAGUACAGCUUGGAUUUGGAUGGAGUAACGGCGUUGUUAUGGAUCUUCUAUAUCGAUACGGCGACAGACUGACUGCAAAGGAUCCCGAACUUCCUAUAAUUCCUACAGCAGAUGAACUUAGGGCAUCUAGUGCUAGUAUUAGUUCAAUAACCACUGCGCUGAUAGCAUUAUUGGUAUCGCUGUCGGCCGGAUUUAUAGGAGUUUGUAUAUACAAACGAAAGACACAAUACACAACAUUCUUGGACAGAAGAAGGCCAUCCAGCACCAAAUAUACCGAACUUAGGAACAUACGACAGAAAAAAAGUGCAAGCCAGUGGACUCGAAACGUAGAAAUGCUAGUGACCGAUAAGGGACGAAAAUAACCCCUUUGAUGAGAGCCAGGGCUUUAGAAAUUUGGAUCUCAUUUUAAAUGAAUCUCCCAUUAUAUCCUAAAUCAAAAUGGAAAAUGACGUAACCAUAUUUUUGGAAGUUUUACCAUAUCCACACAAUGACCUUACUUUGGACACGUAUUGAAAUCAUAAUAAAAUUUAUUUAGUCAGUAAGUUGUGCUGAAACUGCCUAAAAAAGUAAGUUGCUAUUAUGUAAUUAUAAAAGCAACUUAAAUUAUUAUAAAUUAGUCAAAUUAUUUAUAUUGUUGAUUAUGAACAACUAUGUUUACCUACCUAUACUGAAUUUUGUAUAAACUUUGCCUAUACCAUUGAUUUUUGAGUAGAAUCAAAAUCAUAUUCUUCGGCUUAUUUUGUAUUAGAACAAUUUCUUGUACCUAAUGAUAUUAUUUUAUGCCAAUGAACCGUCGGCAUAUUUAUGUAAUAAAAUGUAAUGAUUUUAAAUGGUGACUAGCUGAAAUACAUUUACCUAUUAUGAUUUUAUUAUCAAAAAUGCUAGAAAUAGUUUCAGAAUAGCAUUUCCAACAAUUCCACCAUUAAUUCACUAAAGACAAAAUUUAUACCUAUGUAAAAAACGUGCCUCAUAACAAUAUACCUAAUUCACAAAAAAAAAAAUGUUAUCAAGCUUAUAGUAUAGUUGAAAAUGAGCCUAGUCAAUAUCAGAAAAUACCUAAAUUAUUUUUGUCUCCUAAUGUGUGAAAUAAUACCCUGAUUUACGUAACCCGUUCAUUAAAAGUUUUCCGGUUUGCGGGUGGAUUAUUAUUAUUAUUAUCAUAUAAUCUAUCUGCAAGCUAAUACACGGGCUACGUAAAUCACCCUGUAUAAAUAAAACCACAUUUUAGUUUUAACACAUUUCUGGUAUUAUAAUUACAUCAGCCAAUGUAAACUAUUUAUUUAUAUUUAUUUAUUAUUAUAAAUGUAAUUUGUUCUUAACGUUUGAAACGUAUUGUACCAAAUCGUUUUUGCCUGUUUGUAGGCGUAUUUUAAGUAUUAGUUAAUAAUGUGUUUAUGAUUGUUUGUUGUGAACAAUUAGAAUGCAUAUAUAAACAAUGUGAUCUAUACAAUCGUAAAUACCUAUGUAGUUUAUUGAAUAAAAUGUGUAUGUAUUUGAAUAAAUGGAAUUUUUAUUGGUUCAAUUAGAAGUUUGUUUGAAUCAUUUAAACAACGUAGCCACAUCCUCAUAGACCAAUCUACCAUGUUUGAAGCUGAAUAGGGCCCGGUCUGUAGGCGGCAAAUUUGAAGGGCGGCAUUUUAGGUUGGAAUGUGACAAGCCAUUGUUGAAAGUUGUCGCAAACUAAAAAAUUGAUCAAAAUUCAUAAUUUGAGUUUUAACACGUACACCGCCACCAUGAGAUGACCAAAACCAAGCCCUCAAGGCCACUCUU